AUGCAAAACAGCACAUCGGUCGAUGAGGCCCUCUGCCGCAAGGCACGCCUGGAGAUUCCGGGCUUCGUGGAAAAACUGUUGCCCCAGGUUGUAGAACUGGUGCGGUUUUCCAAGCUACUUCCGCAGGGGGAGGAGCAUGCCAUUCGAAGGGGCUCGCGCGAUUUCUUGGCCUCCUCCCGAGAACUUGGGGAGCGCUCCAUGGGAACUGCUCACCAGAUCUUCAGCUUCCUGGCACAGUCGCUGCAUCAGGGCACCAAGCCUGAGGAUUUGAAGAACUUCAACCUCUUGGUGGACAGCAUUGACGAUGUGUUGGAAAAGGUGGACACAAAUCUCAGGGAUGCCAAGUCUGGCAAGCAGGGAGAGGAGGCUCCGGGUGACGAGGAGGAGCCGGCUCCGACUCCUUCGGCAGGUUCGCAUGCUGUCCGCGCGGUCAAGCCGCAGGUGCGAUGGCGUCAACUUGUCGACAACCACCGGAAUCGCUUUGUGCCCAGACUCUUGGUGAAGCACAACGAGAAAGCUCCGCUGAGCCCGAUGCUCCUGGAAGCCCAGUGCAAGGCUGGAAUUCGAUCUUCUUCCGGAGCGCAAGCGCCGCAGACCCUUGGGAAUCGAGAUGGUGAGGCCGCAUGCCAGCAUGUUCCGGCCAGUGUAGCCAGUCUGGAGCACAUGCCACUGCACCGGCGAGCGAUUUUGGCUCAAACUCCAGCCCGUUCAUCAGGCCUUCCCAACACCAUGCGUGUUGUUCUUGCUUAUUUCCUGGCUGCGGCUGCUGCAGCUAGCCUCGUUCAAGACCUCGCGGAGCAGCUUGGCGCCGAGCGCGCCUCCGCCGUGGAGCGCCGCGCCCUGCCGCUGGAGGCGGUGCUCCGGCCAAUUCUACAGGCUCUUCCCAAAUCCGGCUCUGGAAAUUGCUUGGGAGCGGCUGCAGCCCGCUACGCCCUUCAUCGAGUUUUCGUUCAGGAGAGGGGCUGGUUCGUAAAGGGCCUGCAGGAGUUGGACCCUUCGCGCGCCGUGGCGAACGCAAGCACGGUCGAGGCAUCGCCAGUGGCGAUCCUCCAGGACCAGGUGCCCGGGGCCGUGAAAAGCCUUUUCGAAGAGCCGCUCAGGCAACAAGGGCUUUGCCUGCGGGAGCUUGCAAUGCUGGCAGCGUUGCUGGAAGAUCUGGUUCACCGGGAGACGAUGCAGCGUGUAGGCAGUGCAUUCAAAGCGCACCAUGUUCCGCUGGUCGGGCGCGUCACCGUGGAGAGGGUAACGGCCAUGCUGGAGUACGUGAUGAUGAGCUACAUCCUGGAGGUCGCAAGUCUGGAUGGGACGAACCUGGUUGCAGACGAUGCCAAGGCGUACCUGGAGGGGCGUCUUCCGAUGGAGGACGUGUAUCCUUCUUGGCCCAAGACGCAAAAGUUCAUCCACGACAUUCAGGAAGUGGUGGCACCCUCGCAAAAGGGCAGUUUGAGCUUCGAGGAUGUCACUCAUAUCGUGGAAGAGAUCAAUGAACACUAUGGCCGCUGGCACGACGAGAGCGACUGCGCAGAUAUGAAGAGUGUGUUGCUGAACAUGGAGGGGACAUGCCCUGGUCGGGUGGAUCUUUCGCGGUUCUAUUCGGCAUCCCUCUACGAGGAUCGCUGGCAGUUCAGCGAGAGCGUUCACUACUUGCGCGACUUGGGGGCCCUCGACGAGAGCCAGCCGGAAAGCAGUGUGAUCGUGUCCAACUACGUUUUGGGGGCCUCGAACUGUGUGGGCACCUCGCGCUUCUAUGCCCAGUGCUGCGUGGACCCCUGCGAUCAACUCAUGGCUCAGCUGGAGAAGGCCCUCGCUGCUCCGAGGGCGGCGCCGUCGGACCUGAGAGCAGCGCUGGCGGCUUUGCCGGCUCCGGACUCCACGGUGCGCCCCGUGGAGGAGCUCCAGAAGGCCUCGGAAGACGGUCUCGUGGCACUGCACGGCCGCCUAUUUGCGCAGUGGCUGCACCACGCCUACCCACGCCAGUGCCCAAUGCCAGCACGUGCCGGCAUGCGCCUCUGGCAAGAGCUGCCGAGGGAUUUCACUCUGCGCACAGGCCAAGACUAUGCGGCGACCCAUGAGGAGAUGAAGCGAUACGCAGACCAGAAGCUUUCCAAGGAGGGAGUGUGCCGGCUUCCUUGGAUUUCGGAGGAGUUGCUGGUGUCAGAGAUGCCCGCGACUGCUUCGGUCGGGCCACCCGAUGUGGCACAUUCACUGAAGGCUGCUUUGGACAGCGAAAUGGCCAAGACACUGUGCCUGGUCGGUUUCGCUCUACUGGCCGCAGUGGUCAUCGGCGUGGUGGCGAAGCGCACGGCCCGAACCCCUGCCGCACGGGGCCCGCUCCUGGCCACGGAGGCGUCGCCGCAGCGAGCAUCUUCUGAGGAGCUUAGCACUUUGUCUUGGCCGGACGAUUUUUUCCGGCCGCACGCUGCCUGCCGCUUCAACCGCAUGGAGGAUACACCCUUGAUCAUGGUCCGUACAGAGCAAGAGCUGAGGGAGAUGGUGGAGGAGAUCAAAGCAACCUGCAUCGGAAACGAGAUUGCCGUGGACGUUGAGCAUCACGAUUUCAGGUCAUUUCGUGGAUUCGUUUGUCUCAUCCAGGUGUCCACUCGGAAGAAGGACUUUCUGAUCGACCCUUUUGACAUCUUCGAGCAGCUACACAUGCUCAAUGAGGUUUUUUCCGAUCCGCGCAUUGUGAAAGUGCUUCACGGCGCGGACCGUGAUGUGCUUUGGCUACAGCGCGACUUCUCGAUAUACCUGGUGAACAUGUUUGACACGGGCCUGGCCACCCGUGCACUGCGGUUGCAAGGUGGUUACUCGCUCGCCAACCUCGUUUCCCACUUCUGCGGGGUGAAGCUGGACAAGAAGUACCAAACGGCAGACUGGAGAGAACGGCCUCUUUCCACGGAGAUGGUCCACUACGCUCGGGCUGACACCCACUACCUGCUCUUCUGCUACGACUGCUUGAAGAACGCUCUGUUGGCACAAAACGGAAUGGCAUCGAAGAGUGGCGUCAACGUGGGCAUAGCGGCGCUCGAGAGCGGCGAAGUCGAGGCGACCGAUGACGGAGUGCAGAAUCUUCAGGCUGUGUUGCAGAAGAGUGCUGCCUUGUGCAGCCAAGCGUACAAAGAGGUGCCUCUUGACGCUGGCGAACACGCAUCCUCGCUGUCCGAUCGAUUCGGAUCGAGACAGCGUCCGCUGAAUCCGAUGCAGAUGGGUGUUCUCAAGGCGCUCAUCGACUGGCGUGAUCAGCUCGCACGCAGCAUCGACGAGUCCUUAAACUUCGUGGCGCCCGACGCCUGCCUUUGGCGAGUUUGCCUUGCCAUGCCCACCUCGCCGGUGAAGCUGCGGAGCACCUGCAAUCCCUUGCCGUCCACACUGCAGCAGCAUGCGCAGGAGGUCGUGGACAUUGUCAUCAAGUCUCAGCAUCCCGGGGUCCCAGUCGCAAAGCUCCCAGCUUCGGACUCGAAGGAGCGCCCGGCGGGCGAAGCGGCCACGGCUUCGCCCCGGGAGUCCCUGCCAAGCCCGGUGGAGUCGGAGGAGCCCACAGCCGCCGAGGUGCCAACCCGAGUGGUGCUGGAAGCCUGGCCAGUCCGGCUGGAGCAGUCGCCACGGCCGCUGGUGCACGUGGCCGCGAGCUUCGGAAGCCGGCAAGGCUCCAGUGAAACCAGCCGCAAGCGCAAGUUCUCUGUGCUUUGCGGCGACUCCGAAGCCGAGGAGGAAGACCCUCUAGCCGGCGGUGAUGCCAGCGUGAAGCCACAAAGAGGGCGUGCGAGGGUCAUCCGGCGGAAGAUCAGUUUUGCAUCUCCGGCUCCCCCCGCCGCUGUGAUUGCGAAAGCUCCAGAACCUCCCGCCAGCGCGGCGGUACAAAGUGAAGUGCCGGGUGCAGCCGUCCCCGAGACGGGCUCGGCUGUGCCCCCGGAAGUCCCUGCGCCACUCAGAAAGCGGAAGAAGAAGCGGCGGCGUUCUGGUUUGGUGGAGGCCCAGGCCGAGGAGGGAAGCGGCACGGCUCCGGCACCGCCUGCACCGCCUCCGCAGCCUGCAGCAGCUGCCGAGACAGUGGCAAAGCCCGCUGCCAAGCAGUCGGCAGCAGUGGCCCAGGUGCCGAAAAGAGGCACCGGAACCGGAGCGGCCCAAGCCCAGGCCAAGGCUGACGCGGUCCCCAAAGUCGGGGACGCUCUCGAUCCGCGCCCCAAGAAGCGGAAGAAAGUGGUCAAGCGCACGCAGGAGAUGGUGGUGGACCCCUACUUGUGA